AUGGAAAUAUUGUACAAUGGCAUAGCAGUACUGUUUUGUGCUGUUAUUUACAUAUCGUUUAAUGCAUGGAAGUUUUUCGACUGGGUAUGGGUGAAGCCAAGAAAGUUGGAAAAAUGGGCGAGAGAACAAGGUUUUAACGGAAACUCGUACAGGUUUCUGGUUGGCGAUUACAAAGAAAUGGCGCUGAUGGCCAAAGAGACGCAGUCGAAGCACAUACUCGUUUCUGAUGAUAUUGUGCCACGAGUCAUGCCUUUCGUCUCCCAAUCCGUAAAACGCCAUGGUGAAAAUUGCUUCAUAUGGUUUGGUCCAAAGCCUGCAUUAUUUAUCUCAGAACCUGAUUUGAUCAAAGAAAUUCUGUCAAACAAUUAUGUUUUUCAGAAAACUUCCACUCCAUUAGAUAAAUUAUUAGCACAAGGCUUAGCUGCUUAUGAAAAAGAUAAAUGGGCAAAGCACAGAAGGCUCAUAAAUCCUGCUUUUCACCUGGAGAACCUCAAGAAUAUGGUUCCAUCGUUUUACCUGAGUUGUGCCGACAUGCUGAAGAAAUGGGAAGAUAUUGCACGGGAAGAAGGCGGGUCGCAUGAAGUGGACGUGUGGCCUUAUCUCCAGACCAUGUCGAGUGAUGCAAUUUCGCGUACUGCAUUUGGCAGUAACUACGAAGAUGGUAAAAAGAUUUUCCAACUGCUUAAAGAACAAUCUGCGCUCGUCAUGCAGGCUUUGUUAAACCUAUACGUCCCCGGAUGGAGGUUCUUGCCAACAAAGACUAACAGAAGAAUGAAGAAAAUUGGCAAGGAAGUAGAAUCAUUGAUACUAGGCAUCAUUAGUAGAAGAAUGAGAGAAAUUGAAGCAGGGGAGGGUAGUUCAAAUGACUUGCUCGGGAUACUGUUGGAGUCGAAUUUGAAGGAAAUCCAACACAACGGGGACGGGUAUGGAAUGAGCAUGAAGGAGGUGAUUGAGGAGUGUAAGCUUUUCUACAUUGCCGGGCAGGAGACGACGUCCUCAUUGCUCGUGUGGGCCAUGGUUUUAUUAAGCAAACAUCCCGACUGGCAAGUGCUUGCUAGAAACGAGGUCCUUUCCAAUUUAAGAGAUGAUCGACCGAGCUUUCAAGCGUUGAACCACCUCAAAAUUGUGAACAUGAUUCUUUACGAGGUCCUGAGACUGUAUCCACCGAUAGUCAUGAUGAGUCGAAGGAUCGACAAGGAAACUAAGGUGGGAAAGGUGACCCUGCCAUCUGGAAUCGAGGUUUUCCUACCAACUCUUUUGGUGCACCAUGACACGAGAUUAUGGGGUGAGAGUGCGAAAGAUUUCGAUCCUCAGAGGUUUCACCAAGGAGUAGCUAAGGCGACAAAGGGAAAACUCACAUACUUCCCGUUCGGCGGUGGGCCCCGCAUAUGCAUCGGCCAGAACUUUGCUAUGUUAGAGGCCAAAAUGGCGUUAGCUAUGAUUGUAAAAAGGUUUUCUUUCGAGCUUUCUCCGGCCUACACACACGCUCCGGAUAUGGUGGUCACACUCCAACCUCAGUUUGGUGCGCACUUGAUCCUGCAUAAGCUUAGUUAG